AUGACAUCUAAGGGGAAGGGAAGCAUGAAAUCUAAGAAGAAAAAACAAUCUGUUCCAACUUCCUCAACUAUGCCAAAUAUGAGUCAUCCUCUUCCUCAUCCUCCUCGGUCGACUUCAUUGCCAUUUACCAUGUUCACUAUCCCCCCUCCAUCUAAUAAUUCAGUUCAGUAUUAUUCUAUGCCUGCUAAAGGCAGUCAAAGUAACACUGUUUUUAACUUUGUACCCACAUCUUCUAUACCAUUAUCUUCAUCGGGCUUUCAUGGUAGUCAACAUGGUGGCUCACCAGCUGUUGCACCCUCGGUCUUUCAUGGUAGUCAGCAUACUGACUCACCAGCUGCUGCACCCCCGGGCUUUCAUGGUAGUCAGCGUACUGGCUCACCAGCUGUUGCACCCCCGAGCUUUCAUGGUAGUCAGCAUACUGGCUCACCAGCUGCUGCACCCUCGAGCUUUCAUGGUAGUCAGCAUGAUGGUGCGUCUUUUGUUGCUCCAUCAUCUUUCAGUCCAUCAUCAUUAUCCAUUCCCAGCAUAUCUAGGUUGGAUAUUGGAGGCUCUCGCCCAGCUACAUCUAGUGCUGCUUCUGCACCAUCUCGUGACGCAGGCAGAAUCUUGGAGGGGAUGUACAAUUUGAUAGUUAUAAUCGAUUGA